GCACCCCAACACUGGCCGCGACAGUUGCAGACAGUUGUUGGCUUCAUGGCUUGUUGCUGUUGAAUGCUGCAAAUAUUAAAACGACUAAAUUGGACUAGAUAACUAGAUAGAGAGUAGAUACAUAAGCAUACAUAAGUAAUAAGUAUACACCAUCUAUUGAAACCAUCAAGAAUCAUUGGAGAUUUGGAGAAUGGAGAGAGAUGUGCAGGCUGGUGCAGGCUUUAUAUACUCAAGCAUUUUUCUUGAUUGUAAUUAAUUUUUUUCAUCAAAAAUAUAUAUCGAUAAAAAAUAUUUAGUUAAAAAAAAAACAAAGGGUUGAAUCGCCUAAGGGGUGAAAUUUGAAGACAUUAUAUAUUUAGGUUAUUAUAAAAUAGUUUUGGUUAAUAAAGGUCCAAUAUUGUUGUAAUUGAAAUAGGGUCAGAAAAAAAAGCACAAAAAAAAGACAUUAAAAAUUAACUACAUAGGAUAGAUACACAUACAACAUGACUAUAAUUGUGUUUUUAAUUGACACGUCGGCUUCUAUGAAUCAGAGGGCUUAUUCUGGAGGACGACCGACCCUCCUUGAUGUAGCCAAAAGUGCUGUUGAAACUUUUGUCAAGAUGAGACAGAGAUCACCCGAGAGCCGGGGUGACAGAUACAUGCUGCUGACUUAUGAGGAUCCUCCAAACAACAUAAAAGCAGGGUGGAAAGAAAAUUUAGCAACAUUUAUGAAUGAAUUAAAAAAUUUACAAGGGGUUGGUCUAACAACAUUGGGAGCAGCAUUAAAACAUGCAUUAGAUGUUUUAAAUAUAAAUCGUAUGCAAACUGGUAUUGAUACAUAUGGACAAGGUAGAUCACCAUUUUACUUGGAACCAUCAGUUAUUGUAUUAAUAACAGAUGGUGGAAAAUAUACAACAUCAAGUGGUGUACAACAAGAAUUUACACUACCAAUGCAUUCACCAAUACUUGGUUCUGAAUUAACAAAAGAACCAUUCAGAUGGGAUCAAAGAUUAUUUUCAUUGGUAUUACGGUUAUCUGGUACACCAGCUAUUGACAGAGAUAUUGGUUUAGUUGCAAGUGAUACAUCACCAAUUGAUGCAAUGUGUGAAAUAACUGGUGGUCGUUCAUACUGUGUAACAUCAAAUCGUAUGAUGUUACAGUGUAUUGAUUCACUUGUACAAAAAGUACAAUCAGGUGUUGUUAUUAAUUUUGAAAAAAUUGGUCCAGAUCCACCACCACUUAGUACUGAUUUACCACAAACACUUCAAGAACAACAAGAACAACAACAACAACAACAACAGCAAUUACAACAGCAACAAUUACAGUUACAAUUACAAAGUAAUAAUGAAAUAUGUGAUAAUGACGAUGAUAAUUCCUCAAAUACAAUAAUAAAUGGUAUAAGAACAUCACAAUAUUUACCUACUCCUACAAAUGUUGGUAAUACAGCAUGGCAUUCAUGUCGUCGUUUAAUUUAUGUACCACGUUCAGCACAAAAAGGUUUUGCUGUUGGUUUUUGGCCAAUACCAGAAAGUUUUUGGCCUGAUUUAAGUGCAAGUUCAUUACCACCACGUUCAGCUCAUCCAAAUGUUAAAUUUACUUGUACAAGUCAAGAGCCAAUGGUAAUUGAAAAUUUACCAUUUGAUAAAUAUGAAUUAGAACCAAGUCCAUUAACACAAUUUAUAUUAGCACGUAAACAACCAACAACAUGCUGGCAAGUAUUUGUUGCAAAUUCAUAUAAAUCAAGUGAAGUUGGUCAUCCAUUUGGUUAUUUAAAAGCAAGUACAAAUUUAACAUGUGUUAAUUUAUUUGUAAUGCCAUAUAAUUAUCCUGUUUUAUUACCAUUACUUGAAGAAUUAUUUAAAGUACAUAGAUUAAAACCAACAAAUGAAUGGCGUACACAAUUUGCAAAUUAUAUGAGAACAAUGCCAACGUAUUAUGCAAUAUCACUUAGAAGGGCAUUAUUAAGAAUGGGUGCUGCAGCACCAUUAGCACAAACAUUAGUACCAGAUACUCUUGAUAAUUCAUUAUCCUACAGUGUUAUGAAUUAUCUUAAAAGACUUAAAAAUCAAGCAAAACUUGAAUUUGAAAGAUUAUGCAACGAAGUUAUAUCAAAACAAGUUGCAACAGCAAAUGCAAAUGUUAAUGGUUCAACAACAACAAUAACCGAGGGUGUACGUGUUAUACCAAAAGUACCAUUAAAAAAAGAUCUUAUAUCACAUCCAUUAUUACAAGAUAAAUUUACGGGUUUACGUGAUCAAUUAAAUGAAUUUGGUGGUUUUGUUGUUGGUCUUGUUAAAAAUCAACAACAACAAAAAGGUGCCCAUAGUUAUAGAAAUGCAUUUGAUGUACCAAGAAAAAGUUUACUUGAUCAAGUUGUUAGAAUGCGAGCAAAUUUUUUACAACCAGGUUUAUUACAUACAAAAUUAUUGGAUGAUGAUUAUGUACAUUCAAUGCCUGUUGCACAAAUGGGUAAUUACCAAGAAUAUUUAAAAAAAAUGACUCCACCAUUGAGAGAAAUUGAAAGUGUACCAGUACGCCAGCAUAUGUUUGGUAAUCCAUUUAAAAUUGAUAAAAGAAUGAUGGUUGAUGAGGCUGAUAUGGAUAUUGUUGGUUCACCAUCAUCAUCAAAUUCAAAUAAUAAUAAUAACAAUAACAAUAACUUAAAUAUAAAUAAUACAAAUGCUGGUUCAACAUCAGUUAUUAACAGUAAUAAUCAAAUGGUUAAUAAUUUAGGACAAAAUUCAAUACCAAUAUCAAGUGUUCUUACAUCAAACAUACCAAAUAAAAAUAGUUUGAAGAGACCAUUGGAUAAUAUUGGUAAUAAUAGUCCAUUAUUAACAAGAUCAAUACCAAAUAAAAGAAAACCUGGACCAAUACCAAAAGAAGUUGUUAUACGUAGACCAUUAUAUAAUAAUAAUGUUAAACCAUUGACACUGUUGAAUUUAUCAACAUCACCAGUACCAUGGAAUCAAGCUGAUACUCCAGCACCAAAAAGUCCAACUUUACCUCCACCAGAAAUUAAUGCAUUUACAAUAUCUUCAUCACCACCAAUGUCAUCAGUAACUAUACCAUCACCAGAACCAAUAACAAUACCAGUGGCAUCAUCAUUAGCACCAUUAUCAUCAUCAACAACAUCUUCACCACUAUUACCAGCACCUAUUUCACCAUUACCAUUAUCAACAUUACCAUCAUCACUAUUGCCAUCAUUAACACCACCACCGUUAUCACUACCAGUUGCAACAACAACAGCAAUAACAACAACAAUAACAAUUACAACAACUACAGCAACGACAUCAAGACCAGUAUCACCAGCUAUUCUUAUUGAUACAGAUAACAUCUCAACAAAUUCAUUCACAAAUUCAUCAAUAACCAUUGAUAAAUUAACAAAUGGUUUAUCAGAUACUGGCAUGUCGAGUACAACAGCAUAUGAACCACUACCUGUUGAAAUCAAUGAUAACCAUAAUGAUUUACCAAUUAUACCACGUGUUGCAGUAAAUAAUAUAUCAUCAUCAUUACCAAAAAAUGAUUGUCAAAUUAAUGAUAAUAUUAAUAAUAUUGUUCAAGAUGUUUGUAUGAAAAAUCAAAACAAUGUUAAUGUGGAGGAAAAAAAUGAUAAUAAGAUGAGUAAUCAUGUAGAACAUAAAAAAGUUGAUCAAGUUUUUAGUAAAAAAGAACUUGAAGAAGUUAGAAAACAUAAUUUAUCAAUAAGAGAACUUGUACACAAAGAAGUACGACGAAAAGGAACAAAUCAUACAACUCUAUUUUCACAUAUUCAUCAAGUAAAAGGAACUCUUGAUAUUCGAAUUGCUUUUGUUCGUGAAAUUGUCAAAGAAAGUCUUCGUUUUAAACGAAGAAAUUUAGCAAAAUUGUUGGAAGAAUAUUUAAGCUCUGUUCAAGAAAACGAAAUUGUCAUGAACAUGAAAGAAUUAUCCUAAUAUUAACUUCAAUAAAUUUAUUUUAUUUUUCAUUUUUAAAUAGUAUAAAAUAAAUCAUCGAUUUCAAAUAGUAAUACAUUCGACAAUGAAAUUAUAAAUAUCAGUUUUUUUUUUUUUUUUUUUUUUUGUUUGUUACUAAUUAAUCAAUUAAACAAAUAUACAAUUUAAAUUUUUAUUUUAGAUAAAAAAAAAAAAAUUAUUACAUUAUUAUUAGUGUUAGUGUUACAUUGAAUUGUUGAGCAGACAUAUUUAUGAAAAUAUUGAUUUUCAAAUUGUAAUUAUUAUUUUUAAUCUAUUAUAAAUAUUAUUAUUAUUAUUAAACUAUACAUUAUUUAAAAAAUAUCUUCAUUCUUUCCUUCUUUUUCAUUUUUUUUCUUUUAUAUAAAAAUAAGUAUUGAUAGCUUUAUACGCUUGUAAUUAAAUGAAAUCUCAUACAUUAAAAAAAUGAGACAACAAUUUUUUUUUUAUUGUUAAUAGUUUAUAAUAAAUACUACAAAUAUAUCCACCAAGUGCGAUUUUUACCGAAUAACAUAUACCUAUAAAAGAAAACAUGUUAAAAGUAAAUAAUAAUUAGUUAUAUUAAAUUUCAGUAUAAUAUUUUUAAAAGAUUGUAUAUAAUUUAUACAAAGAUUGUUUUUUUUUUUAAAUCUAGUGAGAUGUUUUUUAUUUAAAAAAAAAAUAAAAUAAUAAAUCUAAUAAUUUUAUAUUUUGUUUUUGGAAUUACUUAUUGAUUCAUUUGUACAAAAAUAAAAAAACAAAAA